AUCUUACGGAUCCAAAAUCAACAAAUAGGUCUUGAAACAUAACAGUUCUUUUAUUGGGUGCUUCUAUCUACUACUGCUGCUGGGUGUUGCUCUCGCUGCUGCUGUUAGUGUUGCUGCUACCACUUUUUUUUCGUGACGGUUUUUCGGUAAACAUCUCAAAUGGAUUAAUUAAUAACAAACGUUUUUUUUUCAUUUGUUUGAUUCCUCAUGUUUAAAAUCUUAUUGUAAUCGAUAGUUUUUUUUGUUGAAAAAAAAUCGAACAAACUUAAAUCGAUAAAUCAACAAAUUAUUGAUUGAUUGAUUGAAAAGCAACAACAACAAUAACAACAACAACAAAAAUGUCAACCAUGGAUUAUGUUAACCAACGAUCAACAACCAGCAGCAGCACAACCAUCAAUAAUGAUUCAAUUGUAAAUUGUCGUAAAUGUCGUCGAUAUGAACGUGAAUUGAAUAAAAUAAAAGAUGUUGCCAUUGCAUUACAACAUUCGGUACAAAUAUUGGAAAAUAUACAACGUAUAUCACGUGAACAUGUACAAUGUUUGCAAAGUCUAUCAUCAUUAUUACGAUCAUCAUCAUUAUCGUCAAAAUCUACAUCAUCUUCAUCAAAUUCUAAUUCAAAUAAUAAUAAUCGCCAUAAUAAUAAUAAUAAUGAUGAUAAUAAUAAUUCAAUGAGAGCUGAAUUGAAACAGAUUGAACAAUUGCAGAAAUUAAUUACAUCAUAUGAAAAUGAUCUUAAUGAAUGGAAUCAACGUUAUGAAUCAUUACGAUUAUAUCAAUGUGCAACCGGUAAUGAUGAACACAUUAGAUCAAUAUUACCACAAAAAUUACAAACACUUAUGCAAAGCGGUUUUAUUGACGGAACUAAUAAUGGUAUGGUUCAUCAUCCACAUAUACAUGUCGGGGCUGAUGGUGAUGCCGAAUCUUGUACAACAUCCUCCGGCGUGGUUGUAUCAUCAGCCGAGAAUCCUAAUUGUGAUGAUGAUGAGGAUGAUGAUGAUAAUGUUGAUAAUGAUGGGAAUGGUCAUCACGAUAUUAAACCACAUUUAAUUUAUUUCCAAAAUCCAAUGUCCGGUCAAUCAUCAGCUGCAACGAUUCGUAUCGAUUCAAAUCGUUGUCUACCGAGUACGGGUACACCGGCAUUUUCUUUUAAUCAACCACCGCCACCAUCAUCAUAUUCACAUCAUAGCCAUAGUUCUUCAUCGGUACAACAACAACAACAACAACAUCAUCAUCAUCACAAUCAGAAUCAUCAUAAUCAUCAUUCGAAUAAUCAUCACCAUCAUCAUCAUCAACAAUCAUCACAAUCAUUAUCAUCUAAACGUGUUGUUUAUUAUCAAUGCGAUCAUCCUGGUUGCGUAUAUCAGACGGAAAAACCACGACGAUUAAAUAUACAUAAACGUUUACAUUCCGGUGUAACAAUAUAUCAAUGUGAUUUUUCCGGUUGUGGUUAUAUAUCCGAUUUAAAGGGUAAUCUGAAAAAACAUAAAUUAACGCACACUGGUCUCAUGCCAUCAUCAUCAACUACAUCAUCAUCAUCUGCAACAUCGGCCAUAGCAGCAGCAGCCGCCGCAUCAUCAUCAUCACAAGCAUUACGCGCAGCAUUUGAUGGUACAACAUUCGGCGGUCUAGUCGAUUGGACACAUUCAAUUAAAUAAAUAGAAUUUAUUAUUCAUUAUUGAUCUAUCUGAAUUGACAGGAAAAUUUUUGUUUGUUUGUUUUGAUUUGUUUUUUGUUUUUUUGUUUAUCAUUCAUUUACGAUUAUCAUAUCACGAUAUUGGUGAGUUUUUUUCUGGAAAA